AUGACAGGUAUCUUUCUUUAUCGCCUUCACAUGGGAGAUAAGAAUCAGCCAUACCUUUGGGCUCGGCUAGAUAGAAAACCUAACAAACAAGCUGACAAAAGAUUUAAAAAUUUUCUACAUUCAAAAGAAAACUCAAAAGAAUUUUUUUGGAACGUUGAGGAGGACUUUAAACCUGCUCCAGAGUGCUGGAUACCAGCAAAAGAAAUAGAACAAUUAAAUGGGAAUCCAAUGCCUGAUGAAAAUGGACACAUUCCUGGUUGGGUACCAGUAGAGAAAAACAACAAACAGUAUUGCUGGCAUUCCUCUGUAGUUAAUUAUGAAUGAAUUGCCCUGGUACUAAAGCAUCAUCCUGAUGAUCCUGGACUUUUGAAAUUAGUGCAGUGCACACUAUCAGAUCUCUUAGAGCAAACACUGGAGCUUAUAGGAACAAAUAUCAAUGGAAAUCCAUAUGGGUUAGGAAGCAAGAAGCACAUUCAUCUUCUAUACACAUGGAGCAUUCAAAUAAGAAAUCUGCCUACAUUGAAGCACAAUGAUCUUUUGUCCUGGUUUGAAGGUUGCAGAGAGGGUAAAAUUGAAGGAAUAGUCUGGCAUUGCGGUGACGGCUGUUUAAUUAAGGUCCAUCGCCAUCAUCUUGGUUUAUGCUGGCCAAUUCCAGAUACUUAUAUGAAUUCAAAACCAGUUAUUAUCAACAUGAACUUAAACAAAUAUGACUAUGCCUUUGAUACUAAGUGUUUGUUUAAUCAUUUUUUAAAUUAA